CGUUUUUCACCCAGGCUUUGCCGCUCGUCAUCGCUGCGUCGGCUCCGCCGCCGAUCUGCUGCGUUCUUCAACAAAGCCGACAGCGCGGCGCGUAGCAUGGCCCAGGAAGAUCCCGGGCCCCCGAUUUUUGCUGCUGUCAGGGCCUUCGACGCCGAAGCGUUGCGGCGCGAACUUGCGGCUGGCGGCGAGGUUGACAUGCUAGAAAACGAAUGGUCAACCACCACACUUCUGCAUUACGCGGUGUUUUGGCGGAGUAAGUACCCUGCGGAGCGUCUUCAGGAGCGUCUCGAAUGCAUAUCGGUGCUUCUGGAGGCUGGUGCUUCAGUAGACUUGGUUACCGAUGGACGAACGCCGUUGCAAUGGAGUGUGACAAGCAAGUCCGCGGCAUACCACGCCGUCAUCGCAAUGCUCUUGGAGGCAGGCGCCGAUCCUAAUUUCACGGACAGGACUUGGACCUCUACUGAAUAUCAUCGAUCCGUGUUAGCCAGCGCAGCAGAGGAGGGUACGGCCGGCGCCGUCAGGCAGCUCAUCGCUGCAGGCGCCGUGGAUUUAGAUCGAGCAUUGGAGCUUGCGAUUGGUAGUGGCAAACAACGCAAUUGCGCUCCGCUCCUGCGCGCCGGCGCGGCACUACCGGCCGUAAUAACCGCGCCGCCGCAGUAUCCGCCAAGGCGCGGUUUCCCGCAAACGCGCGCGUACAUAGAGAACAUCCGCGCGGCGGGAGGAUACAAAGCCUACGAGAAGGCCCACCGCCAGCGCCUCGUGGCGAUGUUCCUCCCGAAAUUCCCUGCGCUUCCCGUCGAAAUGGUCGAGCGCGUCGUCGAUUUUUCAUGGGAUAUUGGGGGUCACUAA